AUGCGAGCGUGUGUUUGUUUGCAGAACAUGGUUGGUGCAGGAGAGGUGGAUGAAGACUUGGAAGUUGAAACCAAGGAAGAAUGUGAAAAAUAUGGCAAAGUUGGAAAAUGUGUGAUAUUUGAAAUCCCUGGGGCCCCAGAUGAUGAAGCAGUGCGGAUAUUUUUAGAAUUUGAGAGAGUAGAGUCAGCGAUUAAAGCUGUUGUUGAUCUGAAUGGGAGGUAUUUUGGUGGACGGGUGGUAAAAGCAUGUUUCUACAAUUUGGAUAAAUUCAGGGUCUUGGAUUUG